AAGCCCAGGGAAACUGAGCACCUCCUAUCUCAAUAUUGUGUCCUAAAACCCUGAUGGCGAACUUCAAGGGCCACGCUCUCCCAGGGAGUUUCUUCUUGAUAGUUGGACUAUGGUGGUCUGUGAAGUACCCACUGAAGUACUUUCACCAAAAGGGGAAGAAGAGCCGACUGAAUCAUCAUCAUCAGCGUCUCGAGAUCAUUGAAGCUGCAAUCAGGACUUUGUUUUCAGUCAUUGGGAUCCUGGCAGAGCAGUUUGUUCCAGAUGGACCCCAUCUGCACCUCUACCAUGAAAACCACUGGAUGAAGUUAAUGAAUUGGCAGCACAGCACCAUGUACCUGUUCUUCGCUGUCUCAGGAAUCGUUGAUAUGCUCACCUAUCUGGUCACCCACAUUCCUUUGGGGAUAGACAGACUGGUUAUGGCUGUGUCGAUAUUCACUGAAGGUUUUCUCUUCUACUACCACGUUCAUAACCGACCGCCACUGGACCAGCACAUCCACUCUCUCCUGCUGUUUGCUCUGUUUGGAGGGAGUGCCAGUGUCUCCCUAGAGGUGAUCUUCCGGGACAAUAUUGUGCUGGAACUUUUCCGAACCAGUCUCGCCAUUCUUCAAGGAACCUGGUUCUGGCAGAUUGGGUUUGUGCUGUUUCCACCUUUUGGAACCCCUGAAUGGGACCAGAAAGAUGAGGCAAACAUCAUGUUCAUCACCAUGUGCUUCUGCUGGCACUACUUGGUUGCCAUCUGCAUUGUGGCCACCAACUACGCUCUUGUCUACUGCCUUUUGAGUCGGUUGAAGACACAUGGAGGAGGAGAAAUCAUUGGGAUUCAGAAGCUGAAGUCGGAUGACACUUACCAGACUGCCCUGUUGAGUGGCUCAGAUGAGGAAUGAGGUCAGGCCAUGGAGAGGGCAGAGAAGCCCCUUCCUGUGGAGCCUGAAAAGCUGGAGCAAACGUAGCAUAUCCCCUCCAUUGUUGUGCUUGCUUUGGUCUGCUCUUAAGGUUCUAUACAUUUGUACCUCCUCAUUUAAUACAAGGUUGGAGGUUCUAAAUCAGGAACCUCCACCAAAGUUGGUGUUCUGUGUAUCUUGCUAUAUGGAUAUCUGAACAUAACAAUUUAAAGUCUGUGCUGGUGUAGUAUCCUUCACAGAGAAAAAUGAAGUAAUACCUGUAAGCAGCAACCAUUUGUCACAGUGUAAAGAGAAAUUAAGCCUGUGAAAAGCAGGUACUUUAUUACCAGAAAGAUAUCAGAAUGUAAGUGAAUGAUGCCUUUAUUUUUGAGAAAACAAUUCUAACAUAUAUACUUUUUAAAAGUAAAAUAAUCUGCAAGCUUUUGUAUUUUAAAUAUUACUUGUUAAAACAUUUCCUAACUAAUCACACGAGAGUACUGCAAUACUGUGUCGAUAAGUGACAAAAUUAGACCAAAGGUGGUUUUUUGGUUUGUUUUUUUUUAAUCAGGAAGCUAGUGAUCCAGGUGAGAGUUGAAACUCAGAUGUUCUGACUCCUCAGAGUUACCCUAACAGAUGAUCUGAGAAGAAAUCUGUAUAAUGAGGUUGAGAGAAAAAUGUCUGGUUAUGGGAAAGCCUUGAAUUGUAACGUAGCUGACAGCAAAGGAUACAAAUCUUACAAAGAAUAUGAACUCUGAAUUAGUAAUAUAAAAUCCUGAUACUCUAGUCUUGGUUCUGGAACUGUUGGGUUUUUUUGUUUGUUUUUUAACUUCCUUCAACAAAUAUCUCUUAAACACUAUGCACCAACACUGAAAUGGUUGUAAGGAUUAAUGAGAUUGUGUUUCCAGCAAGGAGUUUACAGUCCUAUGGGAGAGACAUGCAGACAGUUGUAUACAAUGUGAUGGGCACUGUGGGAGGUGAGACAGAAAGGGGACUGGAGAAAUGGGAAGCUUGCCCGUUCCAAAUGUGCCAAAAA